AUGGCCGUACCCCUCGAGCAGGCCGAAGAGUUGCGCCUCUACCAGCAAACUCUCCUGCAGGAUGGCCUGAAGGACAUGCUGGACCACAAGAAGUUCCUCGACUGUGUCUUGAAGGUGAAAGGGAAGGAGUUCCCGUGCCACCGCCUGGUCCUCGCAGCCUGCAGUCCCUACUUCAGGGCCAUGUUCCUCUCAGAGAUGGAAGAAAGCAAGAAAAGGGAAAUUGACUUGGAGGAUGUCGAUCCAGAAGUCAUGGGAAAGAUUCUCCAUUACAUCUACACCUCGGAGCUGGAGAUCACGGAGCAGAACGUCCAGGACAUCUUCUCUGUGGCCAACAUGUUCCAGAUCCCAUCCAUCUUCACGGUCUGUGUAUCCUUCCUUCAGAAGAGACUUUGUCUCAGCAACUGCCUGGCCAUUUUCAGGCUGGGUUUGAUGUUGGACUGUGCCCGCUUGGCGGUGGCCGCCAGAGACUUCAUCUGUGACCGCUUUGCCCUGGUCUCCCGAGACGAGGAGUUCUGCCAGCUGUCCCCAGAUGAGCUCAUCGCCAUCAUCUCCAGUGACUCUCUGAACGUCGAGAAGGAGGAGUUGGUCUUUGAGGCUGUGAUGAAAUGGGCCACAGCGAAGGAUCGGGACAGCCGGGUGAAGGCCCUGCCUGUGGUCUUUGAGAGCAUCCGUUUCCGCCUCAUGGACAAGGGUUACUUCAAGGACCAUGUGGAGAAGCAUGCUAUAAUCAAGUCCAGCCCGGAGCUCCUCAAGAAGAUCCAGAUGGUGAAGGACGCCCAUGAAGGGAAAUUCACUGUGGUGAAAAAGGCUUCUGGGAAGAAAAAAGGGGCAAAGGAAUCUGGGGACAGUGUGAUAAACGGAGGGGUGGAAGAAGAGGAAGGGGAAGAGGAUCAAGAUGUCCUCCCGGGGAUCCUAAAUGACACCAUGCGCUUUGGAAUGUUCCUUCAUGACCUCAUUUUCAUGAUCAGUGACUCGGGGGCAGUGGCUUAUGACCCGAGUGCCAACGAGUGCUACUUCGCCUCGCUCUCUGCCCAGAUUCCAAAGAAUCAUGUCAGUUUGGUCACCCGUGAGAAUCAGGUCUUCAUAGCAGGUGGACUUUACUACAAUGAGGAGAAUAAAGAGGACCCCAUGAAUUCCUACUUCUUGCAGUACGACCACCUGGACUCCGACUGGCUCGGGAUGCCUCCGCUGCCCUCCCCGCGCUGCCUCUUUGGACUCGGCGAGGCUGAAAACUGCAUCUUCGUGGUCGGGGGGAAGGAGCUGAAGGAGGGGGAGAAGACGCUGGACUCGGUCAUGUGCUACGAUCGCCUGAACUUCAAAUGGGGUGAGGCGGACCCCCUCCCUUACGCAGUCUAUGGGCACGCCGUGGUGUCCCACAAGGACCUCAUCUACGUCAUAGGAGGAAAAGGAAGCCACAAGAAGUGCCUCAACAACAUGUCAGUGUAUGAUCCAAAGAAGUUUGAGUGGAAAGAGCUGGCUCCCCUGAAAUUGGCCCGUUCGCUUUUUGGGGCAACCGUUCACAACAACAAAAUUUAUGUAGCAGCUGGAGUGACCGACUCUGGUUUGACCAACUCGGUGGAAGUUUACGACAUCGCAAAGAACAAAUGGGAAGCCUUCACCGAAUUCCCCCAGGAGCGCAGCUCUGCUAGCCUGAUCAGCUUGGCCGGCACCCUCUACCUGAUCGGAGGCUUUGCCACUGUGGAGACAGAGUCAGGGGAGCUGGUCCCCACGGAGCUCAACGACGUCUGGAGGUACGAUGAAGAAGGGAAGAAAUGGGAAGGGAUCCUUCGAGAGAUCCAGUACGCAUCCGGUGCCACUUUUCUGCCAGUGCAGCUCAACGUCUUGCGGCUGACCAAGAUGUAAUCGGGACGAGGCGUCGCUGCUUCUCUCCGCUUUCUUUUGUACCUCUGCAUUUGAAGAUUUGAAGAUGCUGUGCUACUUCUCUGUUUUGUUAGAUAAAACGGAAAAAGAUGCGA